GCACUGGACGAGAUCGGUCUCCGAUCAGUGACCAGCAGUGGGCCAUAAAAAGUGCGUGGACAUCGGCGCAGCAGAUGCAGUUUCGAUUCCGACUUCGAAGGCAAAACAAUGCGAUUGGAAGCGGUUCUGGUUUUGCUAGUGGGAGGAUGCCUCCUGGCGCAGUUUGUUGCUGGAUCUGCCCAAGCGGAUGACCCAUCGGACACUGUCACAAAUACGGAUAAUCGCAUGUCUUGGAUAGCCCAGCUGCGGCAGCUGCGAAGCGAUCUGCGGGAGUGCUAUCGAUCUGGAACGUCUCCCAGUCUCUGGACCUGCUUUCGCUCGCGGAGUCUGCGCAUCUUUGAGGACAUCAUGGCAGCCCAGGAGAUACCGCUCUAUGAGGGAGUGCGCCUGGUGUCCAGUCCGAAUGCCACCGGACAUUCGCUGGGAGCUGGAGAGGAGCGCACAGACCUCAAGCAUCUCACCUGGUUUGAUCAACUCGCCGUCAGCCUGGCCAAGGGCCUAACCACGCACACGCUGCAAGUGAAUCUGGGAAAGCUGACGGAUCGAUAUCUCAGCAGCGAGGGAGCCCCCUCAGACCCUGUGGGAAGUGCUCGUCUGAGGAGACAUCGCUACAACAUGAUCAUCACCAUGAUGUUCGGAGUCACCGCUCUAGGGGCUAUCCUGGUGCCCAUGGGCUUCCAGAUGCUCUCCAUAGUCAGUGGAAAGGCCCUCCUCUUGGCCAAGAUGGCUCUGCUACUGGCCUCCAUUAAUGGACUCAAGAGGGUGGCGAACAAUGGUCUGCACUAUGGACUCUACCAUGUUCCAGGGGAACAUCUAGGCGGGUACUACGAUAGAGGCGACGUUAAUCAUCCGCGUAACGUGCCCAUACCAGUGGCCGUGUCCCCUUCCCUGGACAUGGGCCUGAAGUAG